GCUACCUGCAGCCUUGCCCAUUCAAAACAAGUACGAGAGCAGGGGGAGGAGAGAAGGAACAGGUGCAGGACAGGUAGCUCCUUACUGAGACCUGGUGGAGAGGGAAGGAUCGCCUUCCUAGUCAGAAGGACUCCAGUGAUACCUGGAACGCACACCGUGGUGUCCUUCUUAAUUUUCACUCACAAGAUGAAACCAGUGUGCCGUGAAGUGAGGAAACAGCUUUGAAUGAAGACAUGUUUUUCCCCUUCCCAAACUGUUCUUCAAAUCACGAUCGGAUGAAGGUCACACAGGUGACUUGGGCUUUACCGGGUCUACUGAAUGACUGACGCCUUGGAGCCAGAGGCUGAGUUGUCUGGACACAAAUCCUUUAAAGGUGAUUUGAAAACAUCGACACUCAGAAUUCCAUGGCAAGCUCGGACUCUUCCUGGAAUGACCCACAGACUGUAUGUAUAUUACCUUUGACCCAGGAAGACGCCUCUGUGCUCUAGAAACCCUCCUUGCGGCAGAUGUGUGGCACACAAUCGCACACGGGGUAGGUAGGAGAAGCCCACAGCAUGGGUUUUCCAAUGCUUGUGCCUUUCAGUCCUUGGAGCUGGUUGCUACUGCUGGUGGCCCUCAAGUGUUCUGAAGCAUCUUCAGAUUUGAACAAAUCCACAAAUUCCACUGCCCAGCAUGAACCUAAUGUUCGGUUUGCUGCUGCCAGCUCAGAGGCCGAUGAGAAGAUAUCUGUUUUUGCCCUGGAUUAUGACUACGUACAGAUUCCUUAUGAGGUCACCCUCUGGAUACUUCUAGCAUCCCUUGCAAAAAUAGGCUUCCAUCUUUACCACAGACUACCAGGCCUCAUGCCAGAAAGCUGCCUCCUCAUCAUAGUUGGGGCUCUGGUGGGCGCCAUCAUCUUCGGCACUGACCAUAAAUCUCCUCCCGUCAUGGAUUCAAGCAUCUACUUCCUGUACCUCCUUCCACCCAUCGUCCUGGAGGGUGGUUACUUCAUGCCCACCCGGCCCUUCUUUGAGAACAUUGGGUCCAUCCUGUGGUGGGCAGGCCUAGGGGCCCUGAUCAAUGCCUUCGGCAUUGGCCUCUCUCUCUACCUCAUCUGCCAGAUCAAAGCUUUUGGCCUCACUGACGUCAACCUGCUUCAGAACCUGCUAUUUGGCAGCCUGAUCUCAGCCGUGGACCCCGUGGCCGUGCUGGCUGUGUUCGAGGAGGCGCGUGUGAACGAGCCACUCUACAUGAUGAUCUUCGGGGAGGCCCUUCUCAAUGACGGCAUUAGUGUGGUCUUAUACAAUAUAUUAAUUGCCUUCACAAAGAUGCAUAAAUUUGAAGACAUAGAACCUGUUGACAUUUUGGCUGGAUGUGCCCGAUUCAUUAUUGUGGGGGUUGGAGGAGUGUUUUUCGGCAUAAUUUUUGGGUUUAUUUCUGCAUUUAUCACGCGUUUCACUCAGAAUAUCUCUGCCAUCGAACCACUCAUCGUCUUCAUGUUCAGCUACCUGUCUUACUUAGCUGCAGAAACACUCUACCUCUCCGGCAUCCUGGCAAUCACAGCCUGCGCAGUAACAAUGAAGAAGUAUGUAGAGGAAAAUGUGUCCCAGACAUCCUACACCACCAUCAAGUAUUUCAUGAAGAUGCUGAGCAGCGUCAGCGAAACCUUGAUCUUCAUCUUCAUGGGCGUGUCCACCAUUGGGAAGAACCAUGAGUGGAACUGGGCCUUCAUCUGUUUCACCCUGGUCUUCUGCCAGAUCUGGAGAGCCAUUAGCGUAUUUGCUCUCUUCUAUGUCAGUAACCAGUUUCGGACUUUCCCCUUCUCCAUCAAGGACCAGUGCAUAAUUUUCUACAGUGGUGUCCGAGGAGCUGGAAGUUUUUCACUUGCAUUUUUGCUUCCUCUGUCUCUUUUUCCUAGGAAGAAAAUGUUUGUCACUGCUACUCUAGUAGUUAUAUAUUUUACUGUAUUUAUUCAGGGAAUCACAAUUGGCCCACUGGUCAGGUACCUGGAUGUUAGAAAGACCAAUAAAAAAGAAUCCAUCAAUGAAGAGCUUCAUAUUCGUCUGAUGGAUCACUUGAAAGCUGGAAUUGAAGAUGUGUGUGGGCAAUGGAGCCACUACCAAGUGAGAGACAAGUUUAAGAAGUUUGAUCACAGAUAUUUACGGAAAAUCCUAACCCGAAAGAACCAGCCCAAGUCCAGCAUUGUCUCCUUGUACAAGAAGCUGGAAAUGAAACAAGCUAUCGAGAUGGUAGAAACUGGGAUCCUCAGUUCCACAGCCUUUUCCGUACCCCACCCGGCCCAGAGGAUACACGGAACUAAAAGGCUUUCCCCGGAAGACGUGGAGUCCAUGAGGGACAUUCUGACACACAACAUGUACCAAGUUCGACAAAGGACCCUGUCCUACAACAAAUACAACCUCAAACCCCAAACAAGCGAGAAACAGGCUAAAGAGAUUCUGAUCCGCCGCCAGAAUACCUUAAGGGAGAGCAUGAGGAAAGGCCACAGCCUGCCAUGGGGAAAGCCGGCUGGUACUAAAAACAUCCGCUACUUGUCCUUUCCCUAUGGCCACCCUCAGCCAAUAAGAAGAGACCCGAAUGUUGCUGAUUUCACAGGUGAUGACAGCAGCGAUUCAGAGCUCCCAUCCAUCAUGUUCAAACCACACCCUCGAACAGGGACACUUCAAGAAAGACGGCUGACACAAGAGAUAAUCCCAAUGAAGAGUUUUCCCAGAGAAGGGAAGCCAUGGCACUUUGGGUAUCCAAGAAACACAAGCCAAGAAGAGCAUGUUGGCACAGGCAGAAGGGAGGCACUACGGCCCAAACCACUGUUCCACGCAGUAGAUGAAGAGUUUGAAUCUGGAGAGGAGAGUGAGGAGGAGGCCUUAGCAGGUGGGUCCCGAUGGUCAGCAGAGCACAGACCCAGCAAGCAACACCACAGGUCCCACAGUCCAUUGCUCCAAAGAAAAUAAUCUCAUCAUCCACAGGAUUGUCUCCAUGUAUUUCAAGAGUCCAUUUUCCUAUUAUUGUGGAAGAAGGAUUUUCCAAGUUUCAAAGAGAGCUUCUGAGUUUAUUUUUCAGAAGAUAUUAGACAUGUAUCUAUUAGAGGAAGGGGGAUUUUUCUGGAGAAUGACUUGGAACAUAUUUGUAGGCUCUGCUACAUUCUUGGUUGGUGUACUCUGCAGGUGAAUUCCCUAAAAGUGAUAAAUAUUAAUCAUCACAGGGAUUAUUGCUAAAAUUCCCAAGAGUGUGUGAUCUAUGAAAUUCAUUGAGAUACAAGCAUGAUUGGUCAAGUAAUUCACCUUGACUAUCUGCAUGUGCAGCUUAUAAACGAGUUAGAACUGGAAAGGGCCUGGGAAAUCGCCUGGCCCAGUCCUCUGUGUUUACAAAUAAAGACGCCUUGCCCAAGGUCCAUGGUGAGUUGCUGCUUUCAAAGCUGGCUGUACUCUAUCUAGAGAGAAUGCAUUCAGUUUUCAUUUUCAUGUAUACUAUGUGAGAAUUAUACUUCUUGGGAAAGGCAAAAUUUGCCACAACAUGGCUAUAUUUAAUCAGUAGCAAUAAUAAAUGGAUGUGAUAUGUUCUAGAGGAUUAAU